AUGUCGGUAUGUGUCAUCAACUAUUUCAAAUCUCCGGUGAAGUUUUUUGGGGCUCUGGGUAUGAAGAUGAAGCUUAUGAUAACAGUCGUCACUUGCUUAGUACUUUGGUCGGUGAUGAUAAUAUCAUUGUCCAACGUCUUCAAACACCAGCUUCUUGGUGCUAUAGUCAACGGUUCAAAUGAUUCCCAAAAACCGAGAGAUAAACUGUUAGGAGGGCUUUUAACCGCUGAUUUCGAUGAAGAUUCUUGCUUGAGUAGAUAUCAGUCUUCCUUGUAUCGCAAGCCUUCACCGUACAAGCCUUCUGAAUAUCUUGUCUCAAAGCUUAGAAGCUAUGAGAAGCUUCACAAGCGUUGUGGUCCAGGCACAAACGCUUACAAGGAAGCAACAAAGAAUCUUGGUCAUGAUGGUCAGAAUUAUGCAAACAAAUCUGUUGGUGAAUGCAGAUACAUUGUGUGGGUCGCGGUUUACGGGCUUGGCAACAGAAUACUUACUCUUGCCUCUGUCUUCCUCUAUGCUCUCUUGACAGAGAGAGUCGUUCUUGUUGAUCAAAGAAAAGACAUUAGUGAUCUCUUCUGUGAGCCUUUUCCAGCUACUUCCUGGUUACUUCCUCUGGACUUUCCAUUGAUGGGUCAGAUAGAUAGCUACAACAAGGAAUACUCUCGUUGUUACGGAACAAUGUUGAAGAAUCAAACCAUUAACGUAACUUCAGUCCCACGGCAUCUAUAUCUUCAUAUCCUACAUGAUUCAAGAGAUGAGGAUAAGAUGUUCUUCUGCCAAAAAGAUCAAACUUUAAUCGAUCAAGUCCCUUGGUUGAUUGUCAAAGCCAAUGUCUACUUUAUCCCAUCUCUAUGGUUUAAUCCAACUUUCCAAACCGAGCUCAUCAAGAUCUUCCCACAAAAAGAAACCGUCUUCUACCACCUGGCUCGGUAUCUUUUUCACCCAACAAACCAAGUUUGGGGAAUGGUCACUAGAUCCUACGAUGCUUACUUAUCAAGAGCAGACGAGACACUCGGGAUCCAAGUACGGGUUUUCAGCAGACGCGCUGGAUAUUUCCAGCACGUCAUGAACCAGAUAGUAGCCUGUACACAAAGAGAGAAGCUGUUGCCUGAACUGACUACACAGGGAUCACAAGUCACUACUAAUACAACGAAAAUCCCGAACCUUAAAGCUGUUCUGGUCACAUCUCUGUAUCCAGAGUACUCUGAUAACCUAAAGAAAAUGUAUUGGGAACGACCAACUUCGACAGGAGACAUUGUACAAGUUUAUCAGCCAAGUGGAGAAAGGUUUCAGCAAACGGACAAGAAGCUUCACGACCAAAAGGCACUGGCCGAGAUGUAUCUUCUGAGUUUAACAGAUAAGAUUGUCACAAGCGCAAGGUCUACAUUUGGAUAUGUUGCUCAUAGUCUUGGAGGAUUAAAGCCAUGGUUACUCUAUCAGCCAACGAGAGGCAAAACUCCAAACCCACCUUGUGCUCGUGCUAUAUCCAUGGAGCCUUGUUUCCUUACUCCUCCGACUCAUGGAUGUGAAGCCAAAAAGAGAAUUGGCUCGGCGAAAAUCGUUCCUUUUGUUAGACAUUGUGAGGAUCUUUGGCAUGACGGGCUUAAGCUAUUUGAUGAUACCAAAGAUGAGUUAUAGUUCUUAUUCCAUUAAAACAGAGAUUUUUUUUUUAAUGAAUGAAUAUUGGUAAUAUCAAUGUAAAGGCAAUGGAUCUAUGCUCGUCUAUUCGUCUACAUAUUAAAACUUGAAAA